AUGUCUGGCGACACAUCGACAUCCUUGCCUGAACCGGUACAACAGACGCUUCGCCGCCACGCGAGCGCAAUCCACUAUGCCCUCCGCCACCUCCCCCCGAAGGCCACCACUCCACGGGAUGUUUUGCAGCGGUGGGAAGACGGCUUGAAGAGUGCGGUGCAGGCAAUCAGUGAGAUAUAUCCCGACCAUCACGCGAAUAUCACCAUUCUGCCGAAGCUUGUACUCGGCGCGCUAUACGAGUACGACUACGCCGGCUUCGUGGCCGAACAAGGUGUGCCAUACGUUCCCAAUCCUUGGAACGUCCGGGCGUUCGGGAAGGAGGAUCCCCGGGAGGAAGGCUUUCCCUUCAGCUACCCCAUUUCCGGCGAUGACGACUGGAAGAUCGGCUUCGUGCCCCUGAAGGACCUACAAGAUGGUUGGGUUUUCGAAUGGAAAAGCGGAAAGGAGACGCGAGAUGCUGCCGUCCUCGACUCACAAUUGGGUUGCAGUGGGGACGAUAUCAAGGAUGCGCCGCCGCCAUCUGCUGCGGAGCAGCUGGAGAAGCGUCGACGGGCGAAGGGGAAAUCCGUGGCACGGUCCCCACAACCCAGUGGCUCAGGUGGAGACGACGGUAGCCACGUCCAGGAUGUCGUCAAGCGGGGACGCACCCCUGGGCGUGAUGGCCAGGCGAAAAGGCCUGCGCGUGCCCAGCAGUUGGACUACGUGUCUCCCCCCGACACCAACAAGAAGCGCAAACGGCGUGGUGCAGAGAGCGACGAUGGUUCAGUGUCCCCCAGCCCACCGGUGAAUCCUCGCGGGCCUAACAAGCGGCUUGUGCGGAAGCCGUCGAGGACCCCGAGCAUGGCCUCUCGAGCGACAUCCCAUUCUAAAUCUCGUGCAACAUCUCCGGCGACAUCUCGGCCGUCCUCUCGCGCGUCCUCUCGCGCGUCCUCUCGCGCAUCCUCUCGGAUGACAUCUCGCGGCACGUCUCGUGCUACGUCUCGUGCCGCAUCGCGUGGGACGUCUGGGGGUCAGGCUCGACAAAAGAAACGCCGCAGUACCAGAAAGCAGAAGGCAAGUCCUUUUGUGCAUCACGAGAGGUACUUUCCCCCGCCAGUUCCUAUCAGCCAAUUCAAGACAUACUACCCGCUGGCGACGCUGCCGCAGAAUAUGAAAUGCGGCCCCUGCAAGCGGCAUGGAACACCAUGCGGGUAUCCAACAUCUGUCCUCGUCCGCACCCGCAUGCUUCGCGUGGGGAUUAUGACGGCCAAUCCGAACGUCUUCCGCGAUGUGACGUUGUAUUCGAGGAAGUGGCGCAAUGCACGGAAAGACGAUACCCCAACCUGGAUCAGAUAUCUCUCUGAGAUUUGGAGGGUUGCAGGGAAAGAAGAGCACGAGGCGGCACAGAAUCGCACUCGACCCGACACAUUGGAAUUCCGGGACAACGGCUUCAUUCCGUACCCUGUGGGCGCGGUUACGCUCGAUGACACAGAUGUUGCGCCAGGGGAUCCGGAAUGGAACCCCAACGACAGGAACAAGCCGAAGGGGCGGCUCUACAACGACAGCGAUGACGAGGAGGGCUUUUUUGAAACCGAAGAAGAAUGGCUGGAGCAGCUGCGUAAAGCGAACGAACCGCAGGGCGAAAAUGCUGGUAUGGAAGACAUUGCGCAGCCGCCGCGCCCUCGCAAACGGGCGCGAAUCCGCAGCCCGGAUGUGGAGAGCGAAGAAGAUAUGGAGGCGGAGAGCGCGCUGCCAGGACCCUCCGUAGCAAGGUACAACAUUCCAUCUCGAGUCCCAGGACGCGAUUUCUUCGCGAUUCCAGAGUCCACCCUGCCCUCUGUCGACGGGCACAAGCGUUGGGAAGGCAGAGCAGCAUCGCGGCCAGCGACCAUGGCCGACUUGGAGGCGAUUCGCACUGAGAUUGCCAACAACAGCGAGCUGGUGCGACGCACACUUGCACAGAACCAGGGGCUUCAAGAGGACGUUGCCGCGUUGACUGCCAGAGUCCUAGAGCUAGAGCAAGUCAACCAUACACUGAUGACGGCGCCGACGCUUCUCUCGCCUUUCGUGUUCGAUGCGACGGCGGACUUCAACGAACCGCCCCCUCCACCCCCCAUUUUAUGA